AUGGCCUCCAGACAAAAGGUGGUUCGCUUUAGAAUCGAAACUCUAGGUCACCACUAUUAUUUCCGCCGGCGCAAACGCCCGGUAGCCGUAAAUUAUCACUUCACGCGUCGCUGCAACAAGACUUGCGGCUUUUGCUUCCACACUGCCACCACCUCACACAUGGAGCAAAUCGAUAAGGCCAAAGAGGGCCUAAUAUUACUCAAAAGAGCUGGCAUGCGGAAAAUCAAUUUCGCAGGUGGCGAACCAUUCCUUUACAGCAAGUUCCUCGGCGAGAUGAUCGACUUCUGCAAGGAAAACCUACGCCUUGAAUCGGUCUCAAUUGUCACCAAUGGCAGUCUCGUCCAGCAGCGCUUCCUCGAAAAGCACGGAUCAAACAUCGACAUUUUAGCAGUGUCCUGCGAUUCCUUCGACGAAGGUACAAAUAUCGAGAUAGGUCGGGGAGCUGGCGAUCAAGUUCGACAAUUGUACAAGAUCGGAUCCUGGUGCAGGCAGUAUGGUAUCAAGUUCAAGAUCAACACAGUAGUCUGCCGGCUCAACUACCAGGAAGAUAUGAACAAGCACCUUGAUAGCUUGCAGCCGUUUCGUUGGAAGUGCUUUCAGGUCCUGAUUGUCGCUGGUGAAAACGACUCAAGUGGAACGCUCCGCGACGGCCGGAAGUUCUUGAUAACAGAUACCGAGUAUCAGAAUUUCUGUAAACGUCACAGUCGCCAGGCUUCUUUGGUUCCAGAAUCUAACCGGCUUAUGGCGAAGUCUUACCUCAUACUUGAUGAAUAUAUGCGUUUUCUAGAUCGCGACGGUCGUAAACCAUCCGAACCCAUACUCCAAGUAGGUGUCAAUAAAGCCCUUGAGAGUGUGUACUGGGAUGAGGGCGCUUUCAAAGAGCGUGGAGGCAUUUAUGAUUGGAGCCGGAAGAAGGGAGCGGCGGAGAAAAAGCUCGAAUGGUGA